GCAGUAACGAACGAAAAAAAGGAGAUUUAUCUAUGCGUCGUCGUUUUAUCAAUUCUGUAUAAAUGUGGUUCAUAUUGCACCAAUGAAGAUCAUAUAAUAUAUAGUCAGUCGAACUUGAUAAUCAUUAAUCUGUCACACAUCAAUGGCGAACGAAAUGUCGAGACUAUCCUCUCAAAUCUGCGACCAGAUCUCCUCCGUCUUCUCCAAUCCCACCGAUCCACACCCACAGCCGCUGGAUCUCCUCGUUACAGAGCUCGCCGGAAUCUCCCGCCGCGGCGCACGCGUCUUCCUCCACGGCGUCGGACGCGAAGGCCUCAUGCUCAGAGCCUUCGCGAUGCGUCUCUUCCACCUCGGCCUCUCCUCCCACUUGGUCUCCGACGUGACCACGCCUCCGAUCUCGUCUCCCGAUCUCCUCAUCGCCUCGGCCGGUCCCGGAGGAUUCUCCACCGUCGACGCGAUCUGCUCCGUCGCGAAAUUUGCCGGCGCUAAGGUCGUGCUCGUCACCGCGCAGCCGGAGAGAGGCUCCUGUGUGAAGCACGCGACGGAUGUUUGUUAUAUACCGGCGCAGACGAUGGCGAGCGACGGCGGAGGCGCGAAGGAGAAGGGAGGGAGGCCGUUGUUGCCGAUGGGGAGUGUUUACGAAGGAGCGUUGUUCGUGUUGUUCGAGAUGGUUGUUUACAAACUGGGUGAGGUUUUGGGCGAGUCACCUGAGUCGAUACGGUGUCGUCACACCAAUCUCGAGUAGGGACGUUGCGUCGUUUUCGCAUUCAGUGUAUAAAGUGCUUGCUGUUUUUUUUGUUUGUAAUAUUAUGCCGCGAGUUGUUUUGCCAUUCCGGUGAUGUUGUACCCACGAAGAUGUUUAAUACUCUGUCAUGGUUCAUCAAAUCUUUCUCACUUUUUGA